AUGGCCAGGGUUCGUGGAACAGGCCUAUCCUGUGGUCUGCAGGGCAGAUCUGUUUCAGAAAGCCUGUAUAAAGAGGGAGAUGUGAUAAUUGGUGGUCUCUUUCCAGUUCAUGUUGAAGCACCAGAGCCUGAUCAUGCUUUCACUCAUAUACAGCAUGGUUCUCGCUGCCAGGGUGUUGACCUUCGUUCAUACCGCUGGCUCAAAACUAUGAUUUUCACAGUGGAGGAGAUUAAUCGAGACCCUGUCCUUCUUUCAAACAUUACUCUGGGGUACCUGGUAGCCGACACCUGCCUAGCUGAGGGCACAACACUGAGUGCUGCUUUAGCUCUGGUUACAGGGCAGGAGGAGAGAGUGUUAGGAGCAGAAUGUAGUGAGGCCCCAGUAGUGCCUGUCAUUAUUGGUGACGCUCGGUCUUCUGCCUCAAUAGUGGUGGCUGACACGCUGGGAGUGUUUGAUAUCCCCAUGGUGAGUUAUUUUGCAUCCUGUGCUUGUCUCAGUGACAGUCGCAGAUUUCAUACUUUCCUUCGCACUGUUCCCAGUGAUGCUUUCCAGGCCAAGGCUAUGGCCCGUCUGCUGAACCUGCUGGACUGGACCUGGGUGGGGGUAGUUGCAGGAGACGAUGAAUAUGGUAAAAGUGGCUCGCAGCUGCUUUUGAAAGAACUGGAAAAUACAGGAGUCUGUGUGGACUAUGUGGAAGUUAUUCCUAAAUCACAUUCCCAAAGCAGGAUCAGGAGGAUUGUGGAGAGGAUCAAGAGUUCCACAGCUCGUGUUGUGGUAACAUUUGCCAUUGGCCCAGACCUUGAAGUUGUGUUCAAGGAAGUUGUGGUGCAGAAUGUGAGCAACAAGCAGUGGUUAGCCACAGAGGCCUGGAGCACCUCUAUUCAGUAUUCUGUCCCAGCAAGCAUUCCUCUCCUGGCCGGUACAAUCGGUUUUGCUCUGCGUCGGGCUGAUAUUCAGGGUCUUGGUGCUUUUCUUGCCCAGCUGAACCCUGUGAAGCAGCCAAAUGAACCAUUUGUAAAAGAUGUCUGGGAAGAAAUUUUUGGAUGCUUGCUGGCACAGAACUGGCAGCCGUCAUCUGAAAGACCAAAGUGCACAGGCUCAGAGAAUGUGGAGAAACAUGGUCGGAUCUACACAGAUGUUUCACAGCUGAGAGUCACUUACAAUGUGUAUAAGGCUGUGUAUGCCAUUGCCAAUGCUAUUCACAACAUGAUGGCCUGUCAACCUGGUAGAGGGCCGUUUGAAGAUGGAGAAUGUCCUGAUGUGACCCGAAUAAACCCCAGACAGCUUCUGCACUUCUUAAAUGCAGUAAACUUCACAACACCAGUGGGUGAGCUGGUCUAUUUUGAAGAUAACGGUGAGCCAUCUGCCUCUUAUGACAUUACGAACUGGCACGUAGAUGAAAGUGGAGCAGUGAAUUUCAUCCAGGUUGGACAGUUCGAUGCAGCCAAAGGACCAGGCAAGGAGCUGAGCAUAAACCUUGAAAAAGUUGUUUGGGGAGGAGGCUGGGCUGACCAGGUUCCUGUAUCAGUGUGCAGUGCAAGCUGUCUUCCAGGCACUAGAAAGGCUGCACAAAAAGGAAAACCUGUCUGUUGUUUUGACUGUUUCCCUUGUGCAGCAGGGGAAAUCAGCAAUAUGACAGACUCUACAGAGUAUGAGCGGUUCUGGUCAAACAAUGAAAGAACAAAGUGUAUCCCAAAGGUUGUGGAGUUUCUGUCCCUGCAAGAUACCAUGGGAAUUGUCCUGACAGUCUUAUCUGUCACUGGGGCGACACUGACCACAACUGUUCUGGCAGCCUUUUUCCGUUAUCGUGACACACCCCUCGUACGGGCCAACAACUCAGAGCUGAGCUUUCUGCUAUUGGUAUCGCUCACCCUUUGCUUCCUGUGUGCACUAGUUUUUAUGGGCCGCCCUGCGCCAUGGAACUGCAUGCUACGUCACACCUUGUUUGGAGUGAGCUUUGUGAUCUGCAUUGCCUGUGUCCUCAGUAAGACUGUGGUGGUUUUAGUGGCUUUCCGUGCCACUCUGCCUGGAUCUAACAUGAUGCAGUACUUUGGGCCCAUCCAGCAGAGGGCAGGCAUCUUCCUUUGCACACUGGUUCAGGUUGUCAUAUGUUUACUGUGGCUGCUGCUGGCUCCCCCUCUGCCCACAGAGAGUGCAGGAGGUGAGCUUGGUGCUCGAGUGAUCCUGCAAUGCACGGUGGGAUCUGUUGUGGGGUUUGUACUUGUACUGGGCUACAUCGGUCUGUUAGCAGUGGUCUGCUUCCUGCUGGCCUUCUUUGCUCGAAAACUCCCAGACAAUUUCAAUGAAGCUAAAUUCAUUACUUUCAGCAUGCUGAUCUUCUGUGCUGUGUGGAUUGCGUUUGUGCCAGCAUACGUGAGCUCACCGGGGAAGUACACAGUAGCUGUGGAGAUUUUCGCCAUUUUGGCUUCCAGUUAUGGCCUGUUGCUGUGUAUAUUCACCCCAAAAUGUUACAUCAUUCUACUUAAACCUGAGAAAAAUACAAAAAAGAACAUGAUGGCUAGAUAAGGUUUACAAAUCAAAGACAUGAUUUGACAAAAUUUUUCCUGAGAGCAAUAUUUAACUAUAUUUAACUAGAAUAAGCAUAUUAUCACAAUAACAAGAACA